CCGGACUACUGUAUGUGCGACACAGCAUUCAACGCAAGCUUCUACAGGUGAUCACAUUGUUCGGCUUUGAUGUACCGCAGCGCCGGGGAGCAUUAGAAGGUCAACGGCUCUUUUCUACAUUACAGAACAUUUAAUUUUCAUUAAUAAUCUGAGCUAGUCUCACACACAGCUUAUCGAUGAUACUAACUUAAAUACAGAGUCGUAUUAGAUCGUGAUGAGGGAAGCAGAAGGUGGUCAUUUUCACUCCCACGCGUUCCUCUUCGUUUCGUUUGGGGCAGCCUUCCAGGGAUUUUAGUUCUGUGUGUUGCCUCCUGUCCUUUCCUGUUGAACAUGUCUCCUUCGCUGUCCAUGUUGCUAGUAGGAGAGGGGAACUUUUCGUUCUCUGCCUCUGUGACUCAGUUUUACAGUGGAACAGAAACUAGCGUGACAGCCACUUGUCUGCAGCCUCAGGAGGAGGCACUGCGACACGAAAGAGCUGCCACCAACAUCCAGAUUAUCAAGGACUCAGGAGGAACAGUACUUUUCAAUGUGGACUGCACAAAGCUGGGGGACUGUACCUCUCUCCAGGGUCGUGUGUUUGACCGUGUGGUGUUCAACUUCCCUCACUGCGGGAGGAAGAGUGGGGUCAAAAAGAACAGGGACCUUCUCAAAAACUUCUUCCUCAGUUGUGUUGAGCUGCUGGCUGAAGAUGGAGAGGUUCAUGUGUCCUUGUGCAACGGGCAGGGUGGGACACCAGUCGACCACCCGAAGCGAGAGUGGCACAACAGCUGGCAGGUGGCUGCCAUGGCAGCAGAGGCACACCUGAUCCUUAAUGACGUCCGACCUUUUGAGAGCGAGAAAUACCAGAGCUACAAGUGCACCGGAUACAGGAGCCAGGAUAAGGGCUUUCAUGUGGAGAAGGCUUUAGUCCACGUGUUCAUUCGCAGCAUCCCCUACACCUCUGCUCAGAUACUUACAGUAGAAGAGGUGGUUGAGGGGGAGAGAGUCCAGUACAACAUACCUGCUGAGCUCAGUGAUUACAUAUUCAGGGGAUUUCUCUGCUCAGGCUCUGUCCACCCAGUCAGGUUGGUGCAAGAUUAUAUUAUCAAAGGUCUCACAGAAAAGUGGUCGGUCUCUAUGACAACAGAGACCAUUCCAUUCCUCCUCACAGCCAAACAGCUGCAAGCGAGUCGUGACGUAGACAGUGCCCACUGCUACUGGAUUAACCUUAUUCAGAAAGACCUCAGCCCGGAUGCGGACGCCCCCAUAGACAAAGAGACAGAUUCACUUCAGGGACAGGCAAACACACAGAAUGCCUCUUCAACUAUAUGUGUAACCUCACAUAAAGCUGACAGAGUGAGGAGCAAAGGACUUGAGAGCUUAAUGUCUGCAUGCUCUGUCGAUGUUGACCCCGAUGAGGAAAGUGGUGUUUUUCUGCUGCGUCCAUCCCUGAUCCCUCAGAUGGAAUUGCUUCCAACUAAGAAAGAAGAGUGGAUUACGAAUGCAGAGGGUCAUGUUGAGUGUGCAGAGAGUAAUAUAAAUGUUGAACAACAUGAUAAGGAGGGGCCCUGUGGGGACUGUAAUGGUGUCACCAGCUUUUUAUUUGGCAUUAGUGGCCUAGUGUUCAAGAACAUGCACAUUAGCCUCUGGGCUCUGCCGGCAUUUCAUGAGCUCCUAAUCACAGGCAUUUUCCCGGCAGACUGUGAGCCAAUCAAACUGCUUGGAGAAAGGCUGGAAACACUCCUCGUUCCCUAUGGGGUUUCCCUCAUCACAGAAAAGCAGGGUCUGCGUCUGACAGCAGCACCAAUGGGUUUGGUUGGAAGGGUCUUUGAGGGAAAAGCAUCCAACAACACAAGCCAUAACAGCAUCACCGUGUCUCUAAAUUUGGACCUCCUCGCUGUGCUCCUCUUCUCACUCCCUGAUUGGCGGAUCCUGUGGUCUCAUGACGAGCGCUUCUUAAAACAGUUUGCACUAUGCCCGCUGCCAGGCGAACCCUUUCAGCCAUUCUCCCUGUUCCCUGAGCACUUCAGCUUUGACAUCAGCUUCUGGACGGGGCCGAUAUGGGAGGAGAGGAAGUUCCACGCUGUGGUCCGAGAGGCCAGUCGUGGGACCGUGGAGCAGGUUAAACUCAUCGACAGGUUCUCUCAUCCUGACCUGAGCCAGACCAGUUACUGCUACAGACUCACCUACCGCUCACACGCGCAUGCUCUGUCACACAGACAAGCGCUCCAGUUUCAUCAGCAGCUGGAAUCCUUACUUUCCUCCCAAUUACAAGUUAAUAUCAGAUAGCUGUAUUGUAUAACAUAAGAAAAUGUAUGUGAAGAGUGUUUACAGUAGUUGAGGCAUUGUUUACUGUUGUGUGUUAUUGAAUGUGAAAUAAAGAAUGUGAAUAAAGAAA